AUGAAGUUACCACCCCAUUUUUUAUUUAAGCAAAAUGAGUUGCUCCUGAAAUUGCUUAUAUUCAUACUCUGCAGUUGUUCAAGCAACAAAAAUAAACUCUGCUGUAACUAUCAUCAGUUUGCCACCCCCUCAAGUCUCUCACUGAAUUAUUUAUCAUUGAAACAAUUACAACUUGAAGGGUACCUUAAUUUUGAGAACUUAGAAUAUGCAGCCAAAGACUUUGGUAAUAGAUGUCACUUCCUCCCAUUAGCAGUUUUGUACCCAAAAUCAGUUUCUGAUAUCUCUUCCACUAUAAAACUUAUCUUUGAAAUGGGUUCCAAAACUGACUUAACUGUUGCUGCUAGAGGCCAUGGCCAUUCUCUAGAAGGCCAAUCUCAAGCUUACCAAGGAGUAGUGAUUAGUAUGGAAUCACUACAAACACCAGCAAUGAAAUUCAAGACUGGAGAAGUACCUUAUGUUGAUGUAUCUGCUGGAGAGCUUUGGAUAAACAUCCUGCAUGAAAGUCUUAAACUUGGGCUUGCGCCUAAAUCUUGGACUGAUUAUCUUCACCUCACAGUUGGUGGCACUUUGUCUAAUGCUGGAAUCAGUGGACAAGCUUUCCGGCAUGGACCCCAGAUCAAUAACGUCCAUCAACUUGAAGUUGUCACUGGUAAAGGAGAGGUGAUUACUUGUUCGGAGGAGCAGAAUGCAGACUUGUUUCAUGGUGUACUAGGUGGACUGGGGCAAUUUGGUAUUAUUACCAGAGCAAGGAUUGCUCUUGAAACAGCACCUAAACAGGUAAAGUGGAUUAGAGUGCUGUAUUCAGAUUUUGCCAUAUUUUCCAAUGAUCAAGAGCACUUGAUAUCAAGUCAGGAUACAUUUGAUUAUAUUGAAGGGUUUGUCAUUAUCAACCAAACUGGAUUAUUGAAUAGCUGGAGGUCUAGUUUCAAUCCUAAAGAUCCAGUUCUAGCCAGCAAUUUCAGUUCUGAGGGUAGAGUUUUGUUCUGCCUAGAAGUUGCCAAAUACUUCAAUCAAGAAGACACAGAUAGUAUUGAUCAGGAUAUUGAUGUUCUCUUAUCAAAGUUGAAUUAUAUGCGAUCCACGCUGUUCCUAUCAGAAGUUUCCUACGUGGAAUUUCUCGACAGAGUGCAUGUCUCUGAGAUGAAACUCCAAGAAAAAGGGUUGUGGGAUGUUCCUCAUCCAUGGCUAAAUCUUCUAAUACCAAAAAGCAGGACUCUUGAAUUUGCACAACAAGUUUUUGGCAAGAUUCUUACUGACACUAGCAAUGGUCCUCUACUCAUCUACCCAGUGAACAAAUCAAAGUGGAGAAAAGGAACAUCCAUGGUUACCCCUGACGAAGAUGUUUUCUACCUGAUCGCAUUCCUAUCUUCGGCAAUACCAUCUUCAACAGGAAACGAUGGACUAAGACAUAUUCUUGCUCAGAACAAAAGAAUACUAAAUUUUUGUGAAGAAACAAAAAUUGGAAUGAAACAAUAUUUGCCAAAUUACAAGACUCAGGAAGAGUGGAAAGAUCACUUUGGCCCCCAGUGGAUACCAUUUGCUAGAAGGAAAUCCACAUAUGACCCUUUGGCAAUACUUGCUCCUGGCCAGAGAAUUUUCAGAAGGGCAGAAGCCUGUGAACAACAAUAA